GGAACUUGGAGCAGAGGGAAAACCUAGGGGCCAGAGGGCUGUGCGCUCGCGCGGGCGGCUCAGCAGGUUUAAAAAAAUCUGAUUCUCUUCAAGGAAUAGUCUGAUCCAGUCUAAUUUCAUAAUGGCCAGUACUGUGUCCUAUUGGAUUUUAAAUUCAGCCAGAAACCGCUUACAAGGAAAAAGACAUUUGUACUUAAGAUUUGUCCAAAAUAAGAAUAAGUUGAAAUGGAAGGAUUUUUCUAAAAGGCUAUUUAAACCAGUAGCAGUGGAUUGUGGACCCCACAGUAAUGGCUUCUUUCAACAAAAAGCUUUCAGACACACUUCUACUGAAGAAGAUGACUUUCAUUUGCAACUCACACCUGACCAGAUAAGUGCAAUCUUGAGAGCCGGUGAAUCAUCACAUAAAAUUCUUGAAUUUGAGGGCAAAUUUCCUAAUCCAGUGUUAAAGUUUGAAAGCAAUCAGUUGGCCGCCAACUCUCCAGUUGAGGACCGUCGAAGUAUAGCAUCUUGUCUUCAAACUAAAGGGAUGAUGUUUGGUGUCUUUGAUGGGCAUGGGGGCCAUGCUUGUGCCCAGGCAGUGAGUGAAAGACUCUUCUAUUAUGUUGCGGUGUCCUUGAUGUCUCAUAAGACCCUGGAGAUGAUGGAGGAUGCCAUGGAGUGUAUGAAACCUCUAUUGCCCAUCCUGCAGUGGUAUAAGCAACCAGGUGACAGUAUUUACAAGGAAGUUACAUCAUUGCACUUUGACCACCUCCGGGUCUAUUGGCAAGAGAUGCUUGACCUGCAUAUGGAAAUGGGGCUCAGUGUAAAGGAAGCCAUAACGCAUUCCUUCCAGAGACUGGAUUCUGACAUUUCUCUGGAAAUUCAGGCUCCCUUAGAAGAUGAAAUGCUAAGAAACCUCUCCCUGCAGGUGGCAUUUUCUGGUACAACAGCAUGCGUGGCCCAUGUUGAUGGCAUUCACUUGCAUGUGGCGAAUGCUGGAGAUUGUCGUGCUAUACUUGGGAUUCAGGAGGAAAAUGGGACAUGGUCUUGUCUGCCCCUUAGCCAAGACCAUAAUGCUUGGAACAAAGCCGAGAUGUUAAGGAUAAAGAAGGAGCACCCCAAGUCUGAGGAAAGGACUAUUAUCAUUGAAGAUAGGCUGUUGGGUGUUCUUAUGCCUUGCAGGGCAUUCGGUGAUGUCCAGUUAAAAUGGAGCAAAGAAUUGCAGCACAGUGUCCUCCAGAGAGGUUUUGAUACUGAGGCUUUGAAUAUUUAUCGAUUUACCCCUCCUAACUAUUACACUCCACCUUAUUUGACGGCAAAGCCAGAAAUCACUUACCACAAACUGAGACCUCAGGAUAAGUUCCUCGUAAUAGCUUCUGAUGGACUGUGGGAUUUGCUGCGUAAUGAGGAUGUGGUGAGACUUGUCGUGGAACACCUUGAGGAGGCCAGUAGGCAGAAGCCUGAACUAGAUAAGAAACCAGCUAAUUUGGGCCUCAUGCAGAACCUGUUACUCCAGAGAAAAGCAAAAGGGAUCCAUGCCCCUGACCAAAAUGCAGCCACGCAUCUAAUAAGGCAUGCCAUUGGAUGCAAUGAAUAUGGGGAAAUGGAGCAGGAGAAGCUUGCUGCCAUGUUGACUCUGCCUGAUGACUUAGCACGGAUGUAUAGGGAUGAUAUCACAGUUACGGUGGUUUAUUUUAAUUCUGACUCAAUUGACAUGUUUUAUAAGGAGAACCAAUAAGCUUCUGCCCCUUUCCCUACCUCUUGCAAAGUUGAUUUAAGUGUUGGGAUAUAAAAUUUUUU